GCUCACAGCAGACCAUCAACUUUGGAACACCAGCCCGAUGGGAGACACAGCCAAGGUGAUUUACACAGUAGCAGAGGUGCUCAUUGCAGUCUGCUGCUGUCUGGGUAACGCGCUGGUUAUUUUUGCACUGUGGAAUACGAAAAGCAUCCGAAAGCCCACCUUCUGCCUGAUCGUCUCUCUGGCUGUGGCUGACUUCUUGGUUGGAUGUGUGGUCAUACCGUUUGCUGUGAUCGUGGACAAGCGAGUGGAGACUUCAUUCAACACCUGCCUCUUCCUCAGCUGUGUGGUCAUCCUGUUGACAUGUGUUUCAGUCCUGUGCCUGCUGGCGAUUGCUGUGGACCGUUACCUCCGGGUUUAUAUCCCUCUUAGGUACAAGAGGAUUGUAACUCGGAGAUACUCCUAUUUUGUGGUGGCUGUAUGCUGGUUUCUUGCAAUACCACUGAGUUUCGCUCCGAUGUUUGGAUGGGACACCUCCAAGGCUAAGAACAUUUCAGCCAGUUCUACAAUUCUCUGUGCGCUUGAAGCUGUGAUUCCCAUGUCCUACCUGGUUUACUUCAACUUUUUUCUCUGCAACUUGAUACCUCUCCUGGUGAUGCUUAUUUUGUACACCUAUGUCUUCUACACAAUUCGAGGAAAUCUUCGAGGGAAACCAGGAAAUGCGGCCCAAAACCAGUCCGAGACCUAUCUCAGAAAAGAGAAACAGCUGGCAAUAUCUCUGUCUUUAGUUCUGGCCUUGUUCGCGCUGUGCUGGAUCCCACUCCACAUAAUGGACUGCUUAGUUUACUUCGGUAGGCAGGACCUUUACAUACCACGUUUUGUUUUCUAUAUUGGCAUUGCACUUUCUCAUGCUAAUUCAGCUGUUAAUCCAGUUAUUUAUGCAUUCAGAAUACCAAAGAUCAGAACAGCCUACGUGCAUCUCUGGAGAAAGUAUAUUUCACGUUCAGCAGAAACUCCAGAACCUCCAAGUCAAAUGACAGACACCAAUCAGAGCAGUAAAGCUGAUGACUGAGGGAUGAUUUCUGUUUCAGUAUGAGAACCAACUUUAUAUAUUUUUUAUACUAUGCUGUAAGCUUAUUUUCUUUCUUUUUUUUACUUUACGUUCAUCCAUACUCAGCAUUAAUAUUGAUGCAGUUUCUACUGAUAUGUAUGAAGCCAGUAACAUAUAUAUAGCUCUGAGCAAUCAAUGAUUUGUCAUAUUUUCAGGAAUCUGUGGUUGUAUGUUCCAUGUAUGUGGGCGAUCUUGACUGCAUUGUGAAAACUGUGUUGCAAUAAACUUCAUCAUGACUAAGGCAAAAAUCCAGUUUUUAUUCAGCAA